CUUUCGAUGGCGAAAUCGUGGUUCAUAAGAGGUGCUUGAAGAAGCCAGUAAAUGAAAUUCUAGUUCAAUGAGCCACCUUAAAUAUCCUUGUUCAUCGUUCUAAUGCGGUCAACACAUUAAUGUUAAAUAUGAAAUUUAACUUCCCUAUUGUGAUCAGUGCCGCCAGCAUGUUACAUGUAUGCUUGUUUUUUGUGGCUUUUCAGCUGUCCUCAGCAUAUGACAACAUUGCUUUACGAAAAGUUGCGCAGCAGCUGCAUCCUUAUAGUUCUAAUUAUUGGGGAGCGGAUCGAGCGGUGGACGGUCUUAAAGCAAACCUAUCUGCUUUUGGAAGACAAUGUACAAUAUCAUCAGUCGAGAAACAAAAUGCGACGUGGUGGGUGGAUCUAGGAGAUGUCGCCAGUAUACAUCAUAUCACUAUAUACUACAGGACGGACAAUUUAGAUUGGGAAUACGCUUACCAUUAUAAGGGGAGGUUUCUAGGAUUCCAUGUCUACGUAUCCAACACAACCAACAAAUUAGACGGUCAACUGUGCUUCCGUGAUACGAAGUACAAUAUAUCAACCAUACCGGCCGUCAUCAACAUAACCUGUCCAGUACACGGACAAUAUGUUAUCUAUUACAAUGAAAGACUUCCAUGGGUGACCUAUCCUGAUGGGUAUUCUACCUAUGCAUUCAAUGAACUAUGUGAAGUCGAGGUUUACGGUUGUUCUGUACCCGGUUACUACGGACCUGACUGUUCAAUCCCUUGUCCUGAUAGCUGUCGGUACACGUACUGUCACAUAGAGACUGGAGCCUGUCUGGGUUGUAAACCUGGAUACCAGGGACACCAGUGUCAACUACCUUGUAGCCCUCAGUAUUAUGGAGAGCUAUGCAAUGAGACCUGUGGUAACUGUAGUGACGGGGUGACGUGUAACAAUAUAGAUGGAACGUGUGCAAACGGAUGUGACGUCGGUGUUCACGGCGACAAAUGCAAGACACCUUGCCCUGUUGGUUGGCACGGGAAGAACUGCUCGCUACCGUGCGGAAGCUGUGACACGUGCGACAGAUUUACAGGGCAUUGUACAUCUCCUUGUUACCCGGGCUGGAAAGGACAACUCUGUUCUGACGAGUGUUCCUUUAACAAGUAUGGCAACAACUGUAUGGAAACGUGUGGUUCUUGUAAGGACUUUAAGAGCUGUCAUCACGUACUUGGCACUUGUCCAAAUGACUGUGCAAGUGGGUAUACGGGAAACCUUUGCAAGAAAGCUUGCAAGACAGGAUAUUAUGGAGAUAACUGUGUACAUAAAUGCCACCUGUUUUGUAAGACGCCACACACUUGCAACCAUGUGACUGGUCAUUGUACAGAUGGAUGUAUCGAUGGAUGGCGGGGACUUUAUUGUUUGGAAGAGGAAAAAUCAAGUGAGCCCUCCAGCUUUUAUGGAGUCAUCGCAGCUCUCUUCGUCAGUGCUAUUAUGAAUGCAGUGCUGUUUACCUAUCUGUAUAUGAGAAGAAAACGAUUGGGAAGACACAAAGAAGAGAAAUACACGGAACGUAAUGAUUGUCAAAAAGAAAAAGUCAACAUGUCUGUCAUAUCUAAAAAAGCUGAUGAACAGACAGAAGACAUGUAUGAGGAACUUAGGGAGGGAACUCUGCCACAAAACUACUAUAGUACCCGUUAACGCUUCACUUCAAAGCAUUGCUGAUGGGAUUUUUUUAAAAUCAGAACUGUGUUGUAAAAAUCAAACGAAAGAAUGCUAUUUUAAACUGUUAUUUUUUGCAACUGUGUAUAAAAAUACUGUCAUAAAAACAUUUAUAGUGAAGGGGUAUAUCGAUCUUAACCCUCACAUGAGUAUCAUAUGUAAAUCUGAAUAUAUAUCAUAUGAAAAUUGAUUAUUUUUUCUUCAUAAUUCCUUAUCACAGAUUGGGUGGUUGUUUUACGGCUCAUCGAGAAUUUGUCACUCACUGAGAUGUCACCCGCCAGGGGCGGAUCCAGGAAUUGCGGUUACGGGGGGUGCCACUUUUUCAGGCAGGGGGUCUGGAUUUUACCGAUUUAUAGGGCUUGAAAUAUGUCUCCUAUUUAGUCAAUUGUACUAUUUUCUAUAUGUUUUUGUAAAGCAGACGAUUCGUGCAAUGUAAAACUUAUACGGUACCAAUUUUGAUGCACCAGAUGCGCAUUUCGACAAAUAAUGUCUCUUCAGUGAUGCUCAACCGAAAUGUUUGAAAUCCGAAGUAACAAUGAAGUUUUAGAGCUAUUAUAGCCAAAAACAGCAUGUCAAAAAAGUGGAGUCAAAUUCGUCUAAGGAUAAGAGCUAUGUAUGAGGGAGAUAAUCCUUCAUUUUGAAAUGGAAUUUCUAAAUUUUUAUAACAGCAAUUGAAUAUACAUCCGUAUUUUCAAGCUAGUAACAAAGUACUUAUCUACUGGGCUGUAGAGACCCUCGGGGACUAACAGUCUGCCAGCAGAGGCCUCGACCCAGGGGUCAUAAUGCAAAAUUUAUACGGUACCAAUUUUGAUGCACCAGAUGCACAUUUCGCCAAAUAAUGUCUCUUCAGUGAUGCUCAACCGAAAUGUAAUCUGUCUUCUUCUACCAGUAAGUGGUCUACGUAAUCAACUUGACUAUUCUGCCACGUCAUCGCCUAUGUAUGUUGUUUCUUUCAAUUAAUUUGUAUUUUAUUCAUAUCUUUAUUCGUGCUUAUUUUUAAUAGCAAUGCAAAUAAAAAUCAAAUGAACA